CACCGGCUUCCUGCUCAAAGACAGCCGGCUCAGCGCGCUUCACGCUCACUUUGAAAAAUCGGACAUUUUUAAGCCUCGAAGGCCGUAAAAAAAAAAGUGUUGAUGGCCGACGCGCACAGGAACAACGUGCUGGUCACGUCGUGUCUCAGGAGGCCCGUGGACCCUCACACCAAGGCGCCCUUAGCGUCCUAUGAGCGGGACCAGGCCGCGGGUCACGUGGGCAGCCGCGACGGCGAGGAGGAGUUGGAGCCCGAGGACCCGGGCCCCGCCUUGUUUGAGGGAGACUACCCCCGGUGGAAGGAGGAGCGCAUGGACCUGCGUGAGAUCUUCUUCUCCAACGAGGAGUACUACAGCAAGCUGGAGGAGCUGAAGAAGGCUCACCUGCGCACCAUGGCGGAGCUGGAGAACAUGUACCACCACAAGCUGCAGCUGCACGCUGACGACCCCCCUCAAAGCACGCCAGCGUCACGCCGCCUGAGGAAGUCGCACUCGGCCGCGGACCUGCGGAGAAGUUCGUGGCCGUCGGACUCCUCGGACUCCGACGAGGACGGCGGGUCGGGCCCGGGCAAAGGCCGUCUGUUCUCGCCCAAAGACUACAUUAAGAACAUGUGGAAGGACUUCCAGCUCUCGCCUCGCAUCCGCCACCUGUCGUCCUCGUUGCCGGGCGACCACAGGGACCUGCGGCCGCAGAGAGAGAAGAGGCGGGUCCGGCGGCCCACCGUGCCCACCGUGCCCAAGCCCUUCCGCAUGACUCUGCGCGAGGCCGAGCGCCGCAGGCGUGGCGUGAAGACGCGUUCCGAGAUAGAACUGGAGAACGCGGAGCUGCGGCGACAGCUGGAGGAGCUGACCGAGUGCCAGAACAAGUUCCGGGCCAGCCCGGUGCCGGCCCACGUCCACCUGCCGCUUUACGAGGAGCUGAAGGAGCGCGAGGAGGAGCGGCGGAGGAGCACGCGGGAGCGAGAGCAGCGCCACCUGCGCACGCUCUCCAAGCCCUUCAGCUUCCUGGAGCGGGAACGGCUGAAGAAGGAGCAGCGCCGGCCGCCCCCGCCCGCCCAGCAGGACCGCCUCAAGCCCUUCAAGGCCAAGCCGGUGCCGCGCUCGGUGUACGCCGCCGCGUCCGGCGAGUGGCAGCAGGAGGAGCGGCCGCCCAAGCAGAUGAGGAGCCAAGAUGGCGGCCCGGCGGCCUUCUCCCACAAGCCCCACAUCAACAAGGAGGUCCCGGACUUUGAGGCCAGUUACCAGCGCUUCCAGAAGAACAUGGAGAGGAGGAGAGAAGUCAAGACCACCACCACCUGCGAGCCCUUCACCCUGAGAACCUCGCAGAUCUCCUCUCACCGCCAGCGCCUCACUACGGGCGGCGAGCAGGAGCGCUCGCUGCGAUGGCCGUACUUGGACUCCCCCAGGAACUCCAGCCUGUGUUCUUCUCUCUCGGGGAGCAUGGAGCUGCUUCCUGCCAGGAUCACCGACGCCACCAAGAAACGCCACCAGGCCGUGAGACAGGUGCUGGAGCGCAGGAGGAGGGCGGAGCAGGAGGAGGAGCGCCGCCAGGAGACACAGAAGGAGCGCCAGAAGAAGCUCCAGAAGCUGGUGCAGACGCGCGCCCACGCCCACGACCCCCACCUGGCACUCUCGCAGACCCACGCCAGCAAACUGACAGAGUUCAGGAAGCAAGACCGCCAGCGCAGGAAGGAGUACCGGCAGGAGAUCAAGGAGAUCAAGGAGCGGGUCAAAGGGAGGCCCCUCCUCCUGGAGCAGGUGGCUCAGAAGAACGCCAAGCAGGCGGCAGAGAAGCACUUCGCCGACACGCUGCUGGGAUGCCACCUGAGCGAGGACUUCCUCAGCAGGAAGGCGGCGUCAUGGCGUCGCCGCCGGGCCGACGAAGAUGACACUCGCGAGCAGACGGAGUCGGACGGCGUCCCUGCCGAGACGGUGGUGCUGGACCAUGAAGACCAGGGGGCGGGAGCGGAGGAGGAGGAGGAAGGGGGAGGAGCUUCACGUCACGACAGCGAGGACGAGGACGAACAAGGUUCCCAUGGAAGUUGUCGCUACUCUGAUGACUACUGUGAGGACGGGGAGGAAGAUCCCAACAUGACAGGACAACAUAAUGCAUGAUGAAC